CUUAAAUGAUGUUCUUGCUGUACUCUGACUCUGAAAAGUCCAUGUAAGCAUUCCAUUCUCUGCACUUCACAGCUCUUCAAGUACUCUAUAAUUUUUUAUGGUAAUUUGCAAUUAGGAUAUUUGAAUUUCCGUUCCAUAUGAAUGGACAAUGAAAUCAAUUUAUGUUAGAUCAAUCAUUUUAAAAGAUAGUGAUCAUAAUGGUGGCACUAUCAGUAUAACAAUCAAGGGUUAAUAUGGAAUUUUACACAGCAAAUCAUCUAUAGGUAUUGGGGAGCAUCUAUUUACACAAUACUUCUACCUCAUUACACCCACUUUCUAAUUACACCCACUUUCUAAUUACACCCCUUAAAAAAAAUUUAAAAUUUUCAUUUUAUCUCGUUAUACCCUCCAUUAUUCCAAAUACACCCUCAUUCCUAACAUCCAAUCUUCUUAUUACACCCUCUAACCUUUCAAACCCUAGCUCCACACCCAACACCUCCUCCACCGCGUGUGAGCAAACGAGAGAGAAAAAUAGAUCAAAAGUUUUUUGAUCUAGAAGAAGAAGAUGAGAAAAAGCAGUUGGAGGACAACAGCGGUGGAAGGGGGAGGUGGCAGAUCUGGGGGAGGGGUGAUGGGGAAGGAAGGGAAGGGGUGGGGAGGGUGCUGCGGAGGGGGUGGUGCCCACGGUGGAGGUGGCGAGGAGGUGUUGGGUGGGUAGAAUAAUUAGGAUUUUGACAUUUUAGGGUUUCAGGAGUUUUAAGUAAUUUCAUGUAGAGAUAAAAUUGCAAUAAAAAAAAUUAAAAAUGAGGGAUGCAAUGAGAAGUGUUUGUGGUGUAAAUAAAAACACCCUAGGCAUUAUGGUAAAAGUAUAAUUGGAAUAAUAAUAAAGUGGUUGACAUAGUAAAUGUAUAGAUACAAGAUGGUAUUGAAAGACCUGUAACAACAACAGCAAUUAUAAACAUUGAUUCAUCAAAAUAGUGCAAGUGCAAUUAUGCAUUGGUUUGUUUAGAAUAAUCAUAUUAGUAGACAUUGUUUCAUUAUAAAAGAGAAUAGGGUGGGGAAGAAAAUAAUUAUUCGAAUGAAAGAAAUUUUUCUGGUAACUAGAAUAUCCAGCUUUGCUCUGACUAGUCCCUAGUCCCACACAUACCACGUAAUUACUGGAACCAUGCCCGAGGGUGACAUCAACGAGGUCAAAAGCUUCACAGGAUUCAAACUAGUGACCUACGCCCUGAGGCGCUUAUCACACUUCAACUUAAAUGAAAGAAAAUGAUCUAAUCUUUUCUCAAUUCACAAAAGUUUAAAGACCAAAAAAAAAUGGAGGGAGAAUCAGCAGCUUGUCGUUCCUUUUCAAACACAUCCCACUCCAACACUUCUCACCCAAAGAUGAGUAAGCAGCACUCCUUGGUUUCCUUCUUUACAUUUUUUUAUUCUUUAAAUACCCCUCUCUCUCUCUCUCUCUCUCUAUCUCUUUCUCUCUCAUCCAGGUUGGUGGAGAUAGUGCUGUUGAAUAGGUAUUCUCCAAUCUUAUUUUCAAUUGCUUUAUACAUACUCUUACAGGAAUAUUACACUACCCAUUCUCAUUUUCUGUUUAUACAAUCUUUUCCAUUUUCUUUAUUUUCAAUUCAAUAUAAUAAUCACUUGAAAUCUAAUUGACCGAGUGUGUUAAAAUAUGUGUUUCUUCCCCUUCCAUUCAUCAAUAUGUUUUGCAAGUAAGUUUCUCUAUUCAAAGCAAUAGAAUCGGUCUUUCAAUCUGAUAACCAGCUCUUUUCGAAGCAAAGCCAUCAUGCCCUUCGGUUUGGUCUCAGCAUGGAGCAAGCUCAAGAGAAGCAAGCCCGAGGAUCUCACUGACCCUUGGAUAUAUAAACCUAUAGAGUAUUGGCAACUCGAGGAUCAAAACACGCCCUUAGACAGACACCCAGUAUCAUCGGUUUUCACACUGAAGGAAAUGGAGGAAGCAACAAACUCCUUCAGUGAUGAGAAUUUAGUAGGGAAAUUAUCUGGAGGAUUUGGCCGAGUUUACGGCACAAGGACCCGGUCUGGAGGGGUUGUUGCAAUCAAGAAAAUGGAGCUACCACCAUUUAAAGAAGCGGAUGGGGAACACGAGUUUCGUGUGGAAGUAAAUAUUUUGAGCAGAUUGGACCAUCCAAAUCUGGUUUCCUUAAUUGGCUAUUGUGCUGAUGGGAAGCAUAGGUUUCUUGUUUAUGAAUACAUGCACAAUGGCAACCUAGAAGAUCACUUAAAUGGAAUUGGAGAAAUAAAGAUAGAAUGGCCUUUGAGGCUCAAAGUGGCACUUGGAGCAGCAAGAGGACUUGCUUAUCUCCAUUCAGGUUCCGCUAUUGGGAUUCCAAUUGUUCAUAGAGACUUUAAAUCCGCCAACAUUCUUUUAAACACCAACUUUGAAGCAAAGAUCUCAGAUUUUGGGCUCGCCAAAUUAAUGCCAGAGGGCCAGGAAACUUGCACGACUGCUAGAGUGCUUGGUACUUUUGGCUAUUUUGAUCCUGAGUAUACAUCGACAGGGAAACUCACCUUACAAAGUGAUGUGUAUGCAUUUGGAGUUGUUCUAUUGGAACUUUUAACUGGACGGAGGGCCGUGGACCUGAACCAAGGACCUAAUGAUCAAAACCUUGUACUCCAAGUGAGAGAUAUAUUGAACAACAAGAAGAAGUUGCGCACGGUGAUUGAUCCGGAGAUGAGCAGGAGUUCCUACACAAUGGAAUCUAUAGCCAUGUUUGCAAACCUAGCAUCACGAUGUGUCCGUAUUGAAAGUAGUGAGAGACCCUCAACGGAAGAAUGUGUAAAAGAACUCCAACUCAUUUUUUAUACAAAUUCAAAAGGAUUGGAAAAGGCUAUGCAUACAUUCAGAAUGAUCUGAAACCCUGUUAGGAUGAAACUAUUCUAUAUCAAAUCAAAUAUGCUUUAUAAACUUUCUUCUUCUACCUAAAACGUUAUGAGAUUGAUUGCAACAAUUUGCGAUGGGACACAACUUUCUUCUUCUAUUUUUUAUGCAUACAUAUAUCUAUAUAUUAUCUAAGAACAAAGACAAGUAAUGCUCGUCUAAAAUUUUGAUCCUACUGAAUAAAGAUUGCAUUAACUAAUAUUAUAAAAGAAGAAAAAUGCUCUACUUAUUAAAAUUGAAGACACAAAAAGUAAUAAUAAUAAUACAUACGGAUUCUUAAAACCAUCCAUAAAAUAUACGAGUUCUUUAACAGAAACAUUUCACCAGUGUAACCAGUUGAAAAUGAAC